AUGGAUAGGAUAGGAAGUUUACCAGACGAUAUUCUGACUCGCAUACUCUCUUCUGUUCCCACCAAACAAGCCGUAGCCACAUCCAUUCUUUCAAAGCAAUGGAUUCAUCUUUGGCGUUACGUUCCCGUUCUCGACUUCACCGAAACCAACUUGGAAGACCUAGAAUCCAUUCGCCGCUUCAAGGAAUUCGUCUCUUCCGUCUUGCUCUCGCGAAAAGCCGCAGGUAAUCAUUCCAUCAACACUUUCAUCCUCGGCAUUCAACGCUAUUCCUCUCGAACUCAUGAACGCCAUUCCUCUCCAAUAACACCAACUUACUACAAUAAUAUGAGUAGGAAACUAACAUUAGCCCCUAGUUUGCCUAUUAGUAUAUUAACUUGUACAACCCUUGUUGUUCUCAAACUCCGUUGGUUUUGGUUCUUUAUGGAUGCUAAUUCUCAUUAUAAUUUUCCCUCACUAAAGACACUACAUUUGAAAGACAUUUACCUUCAUCAUCAACAUGAAUUUACGUUUCUUCUGGAUGCUUGUCCACUUCUUGAAGAUCUUCAACUAUCUAAUAUACACUUUGGCCCUUCCGCUCGUUUCUCUUCUCUAUAUCGUAACCAACAAUUAAGCGGCUCAAGCUUAAAAAGGUUGAACAAAGCAGAUAUAACCGACCAUGAUUGCUAUUUUAUGGUGAAAUCACUUUCAAAUGUGGAGUUUCUACGCAUACAACUAUGCAAGGGUUAUUGUCCACCUAAUGACUUUUCUACAUUCCAUAAUUUGACUCAUCUGGUGCUCAACUAUAGCUGUGAUAUAAUUGUACAAGUGCUCCACCAUUGCCCUAAGCUUCAAAAUCUUGAAUUUUACGAGGAUUUCAGCACUACAAGAGGUUUGCAAAAUUGGGUGGAUCCUGAAUCUGUUCCAAGUUGUCUUUCAUUAAACCUUACAACUUGCAAUAUGCGGGACUUUGAUGAAGGCCAACAACGUAAUCGCAUUAUGUUAGCAAGGUUUAUUCUGCAGAAUGCAAGAGUUUUAGAAACUAUGCCAAUCUGGUGCUACAUGAGAUGGCCCAAAGCAGAAAGAGUAUUAUUCUCAUGUCCAAGGGCUUCUGUAACAUGUCAACUUUCAAUUGACUGUGGCUGCAAGUUUACUUUUAUAAGGAAAGGGAAAAGAACCAAGAAGAAUAGAAGAGCUAAGAAUGGAAGAUAA